CACCUAACGAAGAUGGAUUAAAAUAGAGAUGCAUAGGAAAAAAAUAUCUGAGAGAAAAAAAAAAAAAACAAACGCAUUAAUUGAUCAGCUUACAACUUAGUAUUAUUAUUAUUAAUAUCAUAUGGAGUUGAGACAACACAGUAUCUCUGUCUCCUAAAGUCAGAAGCUUUCAACAAAGUUAUUUUAUACUCAUCCUCUUCCUUCUCAAGCCAACCCAAACCAACUUCAUAAAUAUAAAAAGCUCUGCAAAAUAAAACUCAUUACGUUACGCAGACCCACCACCACCUUAUUGGACCCAAUUUUUCUUCUUCUUCUUCUUCUUCUUCCUCCUCCAUGCCUCGCCGUCGUGGCGGAGCGCCACCGAUUCUCUCUCCGCCGGUGCUUAUCAUCCUCUUGCCAAUCAUCGCUUUUAUCGUUUUAUUCAUUGCCAUCCCUCCAGUUGUCACUCUCACAUCGCAGAGGCUAAUCCGACCCAACGCGGUGAAGAAGAGCUGGGACUGGCUCAAUAUCUUCCUCGUCUUGUUUGCGAUUCUCUGUGGGGUUUUCGCCAGGAAAAACGACGACGAUUUGGCUUCUGAGGAUGAUAGCCAUGGUGUUGGUUUGAAUGCUCAAAAUGUUGCGGAGGAUAAUAUGAUUGGAUUUUCCGAAAGGAACAAGAUCUACGAUCCCCUAAACCCAACACCCACUGGAAAUGGGGUUGUUAGGCAGUUGAGGCGGAGCAGCAGUUCGUAUCCAGAUCUGAGGCAGGAAUCGCUCUGGGAUAACAGCGACGAUAGGUCUCACUUCCGCUUUUUUGAUGACUUUGAAAUCAACAAGUACCACAUACGACGUCGUAACGAACCACCUGAUCACCUCGAGAGUGCUCCUAUCAAGGUUAUUCCUGUCGAUACUUUCAAGCUCCGCUCUUCCACGCCGCCCAAGUCGCCGGCGCCACCGCCUCCUCCUCCUCCUCCUCCUCCACCACCGGUGGCUCAACGGAAACAGAGGAGAACGAAUCGAACAGUCGACCGCAAGGAAAAGGUGAACGUCGUAAAUGAUAGCAGCGACUCCGUGAAAGUAGGAUCUGCAGCACCACCAACGCCGCCACCGCCCCCUCCUCCUCGGCCACCACCGCUUCCACCUUCGCCGGUGAGGAUUCAGUCAUCCGAGAAGAAGUACCGGAAAUUCGAACGUAGAAAGAGCAAUGCGAAAGAGUUAGCAAUGGUUUUCGCUUCGGUGGUUUUGUAUAAUCAGAGGAAGAAGAAGAAGAAGCGAAAGACCAACAUUUACGACACUGCCACUGCUCUCUCUCCCACCGAACAACAACAACCGCCUUAUUACACAACAAUACCGCCUCCUUCUCCGCCGCCACCGCCUCCUCCGCCGCCGCCUCCACCUCCAUCGUCGUCUAUGUUCCAUAGCUUGUUCAAGAAGGGAAGCAAAAUCAGCAAGAAAAUUCACUCAGUUUCUUCGUCAGCCACAUCAUCAUCACCACCUCCACCUCCGCCUCCGCCGCCACCGCCACCAAUUUCAACAUCGGCGGGGUCAUCAAAGCAUAACAGCUGGUCAAUGGUUCCUCCGGUGCCUCCACCUCCACCACCGGCGCCUUCACGGCAGCGAAUAACACGAACAAGGACUACCAGUGCCAGUGGCCGACCACCGUUGCCAACUAAGUCGCCUAAUUCCUACGAAGAGAAUGUUGUGAAUGGCGGCAGUCAGAGUCCACUGAUUCCGAUGCCACCUCCUCCUCCACCGCCGCCGUUCACAAUGCCGGAGAUGAAGUUUUUUGUCCGGGGGGAUUUUGUAAAGAUACAGAGUGCUCAUAGUUCUCGCUGUGGGUCUCCCGAAUUAGUAGAAUUAGAAGAAGACGCUGAUCCUUCGUCCAAUAAGGAGGAAUCAGAGACGGUCAAGGUGAUCAACGGUGGAGAUGGAAUUGGGUCCGCCUUCUGUCCCAGUCCAGAUGUUAAUAUGAAAGCCGACACUUUCAUUGCCAGGCUGCGAGAUGGGUGGAGGCUGGAGAAGAUUAACUCAAUCAAGGAGAAACAGAGAAUGGGCUGAGGCCCUAAAUUUGGGAGUUUGUGAGUUUGGCUUUUUGGAUUUGCGUCGUUGAUGGCUUGAGUGUGUAUAGAGUACGAUUGUUGAAGGGCAAUGAGCUCUAACUGUGGAUUUUUUUUUUAUUUUUUAUUUUUAUUUUUUUAUAUCACCCAUUAGAGAUCGAGCCGAAAGAAUUCUGAGUUUGGAUUUUCGUGGUUGAUGAUUUAAUAUUGGUGAAUACAGUAUGUAUAGGUACCACACAAGGACUCCACAGUGGUGGUGUUGGGCUCUAGUUGUGUUUUGUUUUUUGGUUCACCUCUUGGAGCCCCUUGUAUUGUACAAGACUAAAGUUUAUUCGAGUAUUAUGUUUGAUGCGUUUGA